AGCACAAAUAGCUAUCUGUACUUUCUACUCCUUACAUUUUUAAAUCAAACUCGUUACUUUUACUUUUAAUACAUUUGAGAGGAAUGACUUGCUUCCGCUUUACAAGGCCACUCUGCACAAAUAGCCUCUCCUCUACGUUCUUUAUUUACGUUCCUUCAGCCCCUCGCGCCUUCACGGAGAUCUCGCGCAUGCGCAGUUGAGCCUUGCUUCACGUCAAACGCUAUAACGCGUUAUGGUUAUAUGAAGCAUUUGGAGAAACAUUUUUAAUAUCUUGGUCUUGUGCUUCGUAAUGAAGGCAUGUGUCACCCAAUGCAGCGGUGUGUUUCCCUGAUGUGUGUGUUUUUUGUUUUUGUUUUUGAACAACAACUAAGGUCUGUGACACAGACGAACAAACUAAUCCAGGUCGGAGAGUGACAGGCCUGAACCAGUGAUUUUAAUUAAGACACACACCCCUCCAAAGGGCUGAACCAACUCCUUACUCAAGGAGUAACAAAGCAAGGAAGUGAGGAAGGAACCAUCAACACUGACACGAAAGGGAGACAAGGAUAGAUCUAUGGGGGAAGAGCAGGAAGAGGAAAUGAACAUGGUUCUUCACUGUCCCCCAGUCUACCCACUGCCUGAAGAGAUAAAAAAGAGCGGAGACGCAGGAUGUGUUAGAGAAGGACCUGUAGUACUGGCUAGUUUGGCGCCCUGGCUUGGUGGAAAAGUGAAAACUAUGGAGCACAGUGAGACGGUGUGUCGUUACUGUGGUGUGAGCUACCUCAUUUUUCAUGAGUUCCAUCAGCUCCACUCCCAGCUGGCUCUGCAGGAGGCUGAGCUCCAGGAACUGAGAGAGACUGUCCAGAGAGAGAAGGCUCAGCGAGAGGCACUGGAGCUGGGCAGGCUGGAGUGGGAGAGGGGACUUCGCAUGGACUUACAAAGACAAGCAGAAGCGAAAGAAAAGAACAUAAGAGAUGAGCUGGAAGAGAAAACCAGAGCUUUAAGAGAUGAGUUUGAAAAAACUGAGAGGAAGAGGAAAGAGGUGGAAGAGAAGUAUGAGAAAAUCAGUGAAGAUAAAGAGAGAGAGCUGAGAAGCAUGGAGGUGGAGAGUCUGAAGAAGCAGAGAGAGGAGCUGGAGAGGAGGGCCAAGGAGAGAGAGAAAGUUCUGACUGGCGCACUUCAAAUGGCCAAUAAAAAUUUAGACGAGCAGAGAAAAUAUCUCCAACAGCUGGAAGAGAGACUGGCUGUGGCAACUUCCACUCAGGAGGAGACAGAGAGGUUACUUGGAAAAGAGACGCAGCAGGGUGAAAUUCUCAGAGGUGUGUGUAUGCAGCAGCAGCAGACUCUACGAUUGACUCUGUCCACGCUGCGCUCCACUGGAAGCGAUCUCUUUAUUGUACAGGGUUUCCUCAGCCAACUAACAGGGGCCUGGCAGGCCUUCAGAUCUCAGAUACUGCUUCACAGCACACAGGUGUUCACAGUGCUCAUAGAGGAGGUGAAGCAUUCCAGGGAGGACUUUCAGAAAAUGAGAAAAGAGAAAGAGCACCUCUCCCAGCAGCUGAUGGAGCAGAGGAGACAGAGUGAGGAGCAGCUGUCUCAGCUGCAAAGCUCAGAGAAGGAGCACAAGAACACAAUACUCAGAUUAAAAGGGGAAUUGGUGGAGACACGAGAGGAGUGGUUGUCAUGCCAACGAAAGUGUGACACCAUACAGGAGCAGCUGUUGCUGUGGCAACAGAGAGAGGAACAAAUGAACCGGAAGUGUUGCACAGCUGAAGAGGAAGUGUACCGACUGGGAAUAGCUCUGGGGAAGGUGCAGCAGGAAACGAGAGAACAGAGGAGAGAAAGGGAGAUGCUGAUAGAGUCCCAUGGCAGAGCCUUGAGCAAGGUGGAAGAAGACUCCAGACAGCAAAUGGCCUCAAAGUUGGCUGCCGCCCUGGAAGAGCAGAGAACCCAGAAUGCACUGCACCUGAGGGAGCAGAUGGUGGAGUGUCGCCGUGAGGUGGAGCUGGAGCUGAUGAUUGACAGAGAGAAGAACCAGCUGCUUCUUUUACAAUACCAGCGUGGCAGCACUCGGCUUCAGCAGAAGCUGGAGGAAAGAGAGCAGGAAUUGAAAGGGCUGCAGGAGGAGCUGCAGCAGGAGAGGAGGAACAGGGAAGAGGAGAGGAGGAGGAGAAAGGAGGAGAUGCUCCAAGAGCAGCAGGAGGCACUACAGCUGAGCCAAGCUAAAGCUGAACUACAGCUGAUGACUGAGAGGAAUGCAGAAUUACAAGAAGAGGUGGCGUUACUCCAGGAAACAGUAAGAAGGGAGUGUGAGGAGAGGGAGGAGCUGACUGCAGCUCUGUGUAAAGCUCAAGACGAGCUCAUCGGGCCGCGAUCCAUGGCGUCUCAUCAAGGCUCCUCCCAGUCUCCUCCAUGCUCUACGGAGAGACACACACUGCCGGGGGACAAGCAUUCCUACUGCCGCAGUCCAGCCCGGGUAGCUCUGUCUCGCUCUUCAGUCUCCCCAAACACACUUCGAACCUUCUCUGCCUGUACAGACAAAGAUGGAGACCGGGGCGCAGAUGGAGGCGGAGCAGAGGGAAGUUUAGAUUCCUGGACAUGCAGCGGGAUGUCAGGUGGAGUAAAAAAGCAAGAGGGGAUGCUGCCCAGACUGAACAUGAGCAGCUCAGUGAACGACGUCAAACGUAAGGUCAUUUUAAUGAUGGGGAGGAAAUCACCUAAAUAAAGCCUAAUUACACACAUAGGUUUAUGUUGUUUUGAAAAAGUACUUGAAUAUUAAUCAAAGGAUUUUAUUAGUAUUUUAUUUUAUGGUAUUUUCUUGGUUCCCUCUAAUAUAAAACUCACACUUGAUACACAAGACACAAUUGCUGAGUCUUGUUUGUACACCAUUACACUCCCACUACAGACACUUGCCAGCAACUUGCACUUGUUUUCUCACAGCCACACUCAAGUAGUCUCACUGGCACACACAGGAUUCACAGACAAACACCCAUGCAUGCACGUAAUACACACGCACACACACUCUCAGCCUGUCACAAGGGCAGGGCUGAGGGAGCAUGACAGUGUGUCCCUUGCCAACCAUGGGCACAAACAAAAGGCAGGCAAACACAGAAGGCACUGUAGGGCACGCGCCCCCCGACACACACACACACACACACACACACACACACAACAGUUAUCCAGCCGUCUAGCCUCCGGCAGUGUGUGUUAUUGACAUCAUUCACUCUGUGCAAGGUCUUUCCACCCCCACGCUCCCUCUCCCUCUCUUCCUCUAUACUUGGGAUGAUUUGGCAUGAUGGGAGAAAUGCAUGAAAUAAGUGUGUGUGUAUAUGUGUGUGUGUGUGUGUGUGUGUGUGUGUGUGUGUGUGUGUGUGUGUGUGCGUGUGUGGCGUGGAACUAAUUUCCCUGAUUACUGGCACACAUGGAAAGCUUUUAGUUUGAGUUUCCUGUGUCCUUGCACAACACACGUGCAUGGCAUUCACACAGAAAAGGUGGGAUGAUAAUGAUUUUAUCCUGCCAACGUUUCCUCUGUUUGCCAAAACACACACAUGUUGUUUAUCUGUUAAAAACCUUGGUCCAUGCAGAGAGGAUGUUCUGCAAACAGCAAUGAACAUUCUGUGCCUUUAAAUCCUAAUUUUCUACCUCCUCUUUUUAUGUCAGAUGGGUAAAUGAGGAAAUGUUUACCUGCAGGUUUUUGAUUCAUUUGCUAACUUUGGUUGCUUAAGGUUUUUAAAUGAGAUGUUCUAAUAAUUCUUAGUUAUCACUGCAAAAGCCCAUAAGCUGUGGUUAUUUUAUUGAAUUUUGAGCGAGUUUAUUCUUAACUUCCCCUUUAAUACAUAAAAACAACAACACAUAUUUCCUUGAUGUGAUUUAUGGCAGAUGUAACACAUUUAUGCUUUGCAGCUGACUUCUUGUUGCCUUCCUGUGCUAGAGUGUGUGGUUGUAUAUAGCCUUGUGUGUGUUUACUUGUGUAUGUGCGUUUGUCUCCGGGGAGUGAUUGUUUCUGUCGAAACGCCACCAUUGCUCAUUUUUAUAAUCACAUAUGUCACCAAAGGAUGUUGAUUCUAUGGUCAUCAUCAUCACAGUGUAGUGUGGGUGUGUGUUCAUGUGUGUGAGAGCAGAAGACACUACAUGCUGUAAGUGUCACUCUACAGACAGCAGACUUUGUGUACCCGGGUUUUUCUAUGAAACCCUGGAUUUAUUUAACAAAAUAAGUAAAAAAAAAAAAAGUGACCUUGACCUGGAGACUACAGCUGACAAAACAAUCAAGGCCCCCUCUCCUUGCUUGUUCCAGACCUUUUGACUGUUUCACAUGGUCUUCAUCAGAAGAUGGAGUUUGCUCAGUUGUCAUGGAACUGUAGACUUUUUAAUCUGAACACUUUUCAUGCAUGUUGUCUUAAAAACUGAGCUUGACAACUCAUCCUCAGUUUAGACAACAGCACCGUGAGUGAUGUUUUGAUGCUAACCUUUAGUACUUGAUGCUGUUAGACAUGCUACAGACACCCAGUGGUCAUUUUGACUUGUCAAAGCAGGAAAACCACAGGCCUAACAGCAAAACAAGCCAAUCAGAACGUGUUUACAAUACUGGACAAAUGCAAGCUAACUGUGGGUUUCAGCUUGGGUUUAGCUUUGUGUAGGAGAUGUCAAGGGGAAAACUGUAUAUGUCACUGUGAGUUAUAUUAAAAAAAGAAGUUGGAUGUUCAUCACUGUCAUCUAGAAAAUAUAAUCAUAGCCGGGUCUUCAUGUAUACGGUCUUAUUAUCUGAGUUGUCGAGUUAUAUAUUACUGUGUGUACAUGUGCGAUUGUUGUUUGAGAGAACGAGCUGUCUGGUUAUGAUCUUGUGUAUGUAUUUAUGUAUGUAUGUAAUUUCUUCUCUGGUCUUGCCUAAAAGAGAUCUUGAUUCUUAAUGAUAUUUCUUGUUUAAAUAAAGUUUAACAAACUAACUUACACUUAACUAGAGCAGCCUCGGGUGGCUACUGUCAUGUGCAAGGCACAUCCAGUGUCUCUCUGUGUUACUGUUCACACGCUUUUUAAAGAUGGAACAAAAUGAGGAAGUUCAAAACAUUGUCUGUUUGA